AGCGCAUGCGCUCUGUAUGCAUUCAUCUCUUUCCACGCGUGUUUAUGAAACUUUGGGUUAAAAGUGUUUUAAGGUAGAGACUGACGAAAUAUAAGACGUGUUUUUUUAUUACUAUGGGAGGACAGGCUAAGGGCAAAAAGAAAAAUAAGCCAAAGAAGAAAAAUAACUGCGCAAACAAGGCAGAUGCAGAUUUUGUUGGAUUGUCGCCUCAGGAAAGGGUGAAACUAAGAAUGCGUGAAAAAGCCAAGAAGAAGACAGCUGAGAAGUACUCUGUUCAACAACUACUAGAGAAGACAGAGGAAUGUAUGGACAGUUUUGACUUUGAGAUGGCCAGCCUUUUCUGUCAAAGAGCCCUGGAUGUGGAGUCCACCAACCUGCAAGCUCUAGAUAUGUUGGGGCACAUCUACUCUGAACUGGGAGACACACAGAAAGCUAAGGAAGUUUUUCUGCGUGCAGUGGACUUGAGCCCAGAUGUAGGCCAUAGUAAAUAUAUGUACCUGGGACAGAUCCAUACAGGCCAGGAUGCUGCGGACUACUACACUAGAGGAAUACAGGUCCUCCUGUCUGCAUUGGACAAACAAGCACAGACCACACAGGCUCAGGCUGGAGCUGCUGCCUCGCUGGAUGAAGACCCUGAGCUCCUCACAGCAAAGGAUGUUAGUGCAGCCUACUGCUCCAUCGCCGAGAUUUACCUAACAGAUCUCUGCAUGGAGGAGGGAGCUGCUGACAAGUGCAGAGAGUUUAUUGAGAGAGCAUUACAGUAUCACCAUGACAACCCCGAGGCUCUUCAGCUCAUGGCCAGUUACCUGUUCAGUACAGAGAGAAACCAGGAAGGUAGGGAAUACCUGCUGAGAAGCGUUGGUUUGUGGCUUCCUGGCCAGAAACAGAGUGCAGCAUCUUCCAGCACAGAGGAAGUCAUGCAGAACGCAGCCCCUCCGUACGAGUCUCGCAUCACCACAGCCAAACUGCUCAUUGAGUGCGAAGAAUACGAGAUGGCAGUAGAUGUGUUGGAGGGUCUUCUGGAGGAGGAUGAUGAGGUCGUCCAGGUGUGGUAUCUCUCUGGCUGGGUGUGCUACCUCCAGUUGGAAAAAGCAAAGGAGCAACAAGGAAGAGAAGGAAGAGUAGUGAUGGAGGAGGAGGAGUGGAAGGCGCUGACAGAGGCUGCCAGAUCAUAUCUGACCAAUGCUAAGAAGCUGUACAGUAAGCUGCAGUGUGAUGACCAGCCUGUGUUGGAGCAUGUGGAGCAGCUGCUGGGUGAGCUGGGAGGAGAGAUGGAUGGAGAGGAGGGAGACCCAGUCUUGGAUGAAGACUAUGAACCCUGUAGUGAUGAAGAGGAGGACAAUGCAGAGGCACCAAUGGAACAUUGACUGCACCCUAUUCUCUAAAGUGUCUUUUUUACUGGUGAUCCUGUCACUUGUCUAUCGCAGAUCAAACUUGAAGUCGAGUGAUAUUUACACAAUUAAAAGCUAUAGUCUACACAAUCUCUUUCACUCUAGUAAUUCUUUUGAUCAAGUAAGUGCAUACUUCAGUAAUGUUUCCCUUAAUAUUCUUGAAAUGCUGAAGAAAGGAAUUUGUUUUUGAGCUUCUCACCAGCAGCAAAAGCAAAAUACCUUUGAAUGUGUUUACCUCUUAUACACACCCACGUGUGCUUUCUACAAUCAGACAUACACAAUACAUUGAUGCACACAAACGAAAA